GUAAUCUUGGCUGCCACCUUGCUUAUACCUAAAGCAAGGCCUAAAAGUUCACGACACAUUGAGAAAAUCUGCAAGAUGUUGAUCACCUACCCUGCAUCAAACGGUCCAUCCCUAUACAAAAAGGGUUCAAACCAAAUGCAACUCCAUAUAAACAGAGUAGCAAAGGAAAGUUCUUAUAUACUUUCCAUUCAGAAACUUUUUUAUCAGCUUUAAUCUGGGAUAAGUUAAACAGUAGCUAUGGCCGCGGUGAAAUCUUGGAGCCUUGCCUUGGUUCUUUUGUGCAUCAGUUUGAGCCAUUUGGUUAAUGCUGCUGAUGAUAGUAGUGGCGGUUUUGGAGCUUCUUUCAUCUUUGGUGAUUCUCUGGUGGAUGCUGGUAAUAAUAACUAUUUACCAACAUUUUCUAGGGCAAAUAUUCCACCUAAUGGAAUUGAUUUUAAAGCAUCCGGAGGAAUGCCUACUGGCCGGUAUACCAAUGGCGGAACCAUUGGUGACAUUGUCGGAGAAGAUUUGGGAGUACCAAACUAUGCAGUUUCAUAUCUUGCUCCAAAUUCUACAGGAAAAGCUAUAUUGUAUGGUGUAAAUUAUGUAUCAGGAGGAGGAGGGAUUAUGAAUGCAACUGGAAGAAUAUUUGUUAACAGGCUAGGAUUGGAUAUCCAAAUCGACUUCUUCAAUAAUACAAGAAAACAGUUUGAUAAAUUGUUAGGUUCAUCCAAGGCUAAAGACUACAUUUCGAGAAGAUCCAUCUUCUCAGUUACAAUUGGAGCAAAUGAUUUUCUCAACAAUUAUCUUCUCCCGGUUCUGUCCAUAGGAGCAAGGAUUUCCGAGAGCCCGGAUGGUUUCAUCGAUGACAUGAUCAAUCACCUAAGGAACCAAUUAACAAGACUUUACCAGCUAGACGCUCGGAAGUUUGUCAUAGGAAAUGUUGGUCCGAUAGGCUGCAUACCUUACCAGAAAACCAUCAAUCAACUGGACGAAAACGAAUGUGUUGAUAUGGCGAAUAAGCUAGCAACGCAGUACAAUGGCCGGUUAAAGGAUUUACUAACUGAAUUGAAUGGAAAGCUCCCUGGAGCCACAUUUGUUCAUGCCAAUGUCUAUGACUUAGUGAUGGAGCUCAUCACAAAUUAUCAAAAAUAUGGUUUUACAGCAGCAAGCAAAGCUUGUUGUGGAAAUGGAGGCCAAUAUGCAGGGAUAAUUCCUUGUGGACCAACAUCCACCAUGUGCAAUGGUCGUGACAAGCAUGUUUUCUGGGAUCCUUACCACCCAAGUGAGGCUGCCAAUCUUAUAAUCGCCAGGCAACUUCUCUACGGAGGCACAAAAUAUAUUUCUCCAGUGAAUCUUAAACAGCUUCGUAAUCUUUAAUUAGCUGUGUUUUUCCUUUUCCUUCAUCUUUUAGAGUUAUUAUUAUUUGCUAAUAUUUCAUGAACACAAUUAUCUUUUGUAGCUUUAAUAUUACUUUAAAG